AUGCAUUUUUUAGGUUUUCAAAAGUAUACUUGCUCGGAUCGUACCAAUCAUUUCGAUUUUAAAUACAUGGAACAAUCUCUCCAAAAACUCAAACUUGACUGUAUGAAUUUUAACAUUUGGAUUGUCACAACAACUGUUGUGAUUACUCUAGUAGUUAGUGUUAUACUUGUAAUAAUCAUUCGGAAAAACAUCUGGCACAUAAACUUUGAAGAAAUCAGUCACUAUGGAAUGAAGCAAGAUAAAUUGCAAUAUCCUUACCAUGCAUUUAUAUCUUAUGUCGGCGAGAAUAGGGGAUUCGUAUUCCAGAAGAUGAAACCAAAACUGGAAGCUAAAGGUUUGAGGUUAUUAAUUCGUGAUAUUCACUUCGAAAUUGGUAAUUCUAAAAUUGAUAACAUCAUGAAAGCAAUUGGUCGGAGUAAAAGAACUAUUUGCGUUGUGUCAAAAGCGUAUCUGAAAUCAAAAUGGCGAACAUAUGAAUUAAACAUGGCGAAAAUGGAAGGUUUAAAGGAAAGAGGAUCCCUCGGAUAUGUCCAUCUUAUUCUAAUGCCUGAUUUGUUUGAAGGAGGUUGUGACACAGCUAUAAAAGAUUUAAUUGACAAAAAAUAUUUUCUUGACUAUAUACCAGAAGAUUCAUCCCUGCAGAAGGAAUUCUGGAAAAAUCUUAAUCGCAUUAUCAAGAACUCAUGA